CCAUCAUUAUCAUCAUUCAAACUUCUAUUCUAAAAGUUUGAGAUUGGUUACAUUAAUCUAUGAGAAAAUCAAACAGGAUCCACUACGUUUAUUCGUUUCCAACAUUCAUUUCUAUCUAGAAUCAUACUUUCAUCAACUCCUAUUGAAUUCAUAUAUUUUUUUAUUACUUCAAUCCAUGUCUUUUUAGAUAUUCCUACUCUUUCAUAUACAAAUUAUCUUGAUUCUCAUCACCGCUACACCACCAAUGUUGUAAUCAGCGGCCUAGUCGGCGACUAGUCGCUAGGCGGUGGUGGCCGCUUCGAUUAGGGCCUAAUUGGGUCACAUAAUCGAUGACCCAAUUAGGCAACGACUAAUCGGCCAAAUCGACGCUAGUCGAUUUUUUUUGCCUGAGCUCCACCAAAACGACGUCGUUUUGGUGAGAUUUGUUCUCAAAAAAUAUGCAAUUGCAAGAGGCCAUCUCCGACAUCGAACGCUAUUGUCUGCUACCCUAGUUUCCUUCAUCGGUAAUUUCAUCCGGUGACUUCACGCCACAGUCGCCAAAGAAGCUCCAACAAGCAUCAAACAUUUCUGAUGAGAUACAUGGAGCAAUUCUUAGAUAGCCAGCACUAGCUCCCGGUGCUCGAGUGCUCGAUUGAAUCUUCAACAAGGUCACUACAUCUUCUAAGUGCUCCAGUUUUCGUCUUCAAUAAGGUAUCUAGACCAUUGAGUUCAUGAUAUAGCAUACGUUAAUUACAUUUACAUGUUGUUUUAAUCAGCCUUCAUUUAAUUUUGUUGAAGGAGGGGUAUGAUGCAAGGGUAAAUGUAUAAUCUGUCAUUUUGUUGCUUUUAUGCUAGAUGUGCCUUGAUAUUAGGGAAUUUAUUAUUUAUUGCAAUUGCAUGUAUUUUACUCCAAACUGAAUUGAAUGAAGAACGAUUUUUAACUUUUUAUGUGAACUGAAGCAAAAUAUAUUGAAGUCUGAUCAUCUGAACUGAUAGAUUUGUUUGGUUCUGCUAUUCUGGUUGUCUAUUUUUAUUUUUUAGGGAUAUGGCUACUUCAACCGGUUCUAAUUCCAAUGCUGGUGAAGCCACAAAUGAUGUGAACAUUCAAAAUGCAUUGAAACGUGCAUCCGGUGAUAUUGAAAAGUUAUGUCGGAGGCAUCUAUCGGCUCAAAUAUCAUGUAGCCGAUAGGUCAGGCAAUGUGAGGGCUUGUCAUAAGGCCAGUAAAGAGGCAAUAAAGGCAUGUGUUGAGGCACUAGAUGGUAAGAAGAAAAAAAAGACAAAGAAGCAAAUUGAAGAGUCUGAACUUAGAAAUGAAGUUUCGAUAUACAGUGGUGCUACGGAGAUGGAUAAGGAUAUGGAAGUCAUGGGAUCAAGGAGGAGAAGAUGUGAUCGCGGGCCCAUGGGUAGAUUUGUGGAGAUUAAUUCACAACCAAACACUGAUUCUAUAAAGUUUACAAAGCAAGCUAGUUUGGUUGCAUUGAUGGACAAGAAUAAGUGAUCGAUACGCAACAAUACAUAGCACGGUGGGCCAUUGAGAGUGAUAUUGCUUUCAAUGCCAUUCAAAGUGGCAGUUUCAAGCUAAUGACAGAGGCUAUUAUGCAGUUUGAUCCAGGAUUACCUAUACUGAGUCGGUAUCGUUUGGGUGGUCCAUGUGUGAAAACAGAGGUUGCAAGAGUUAAGAACUUCCUAAAGAAGCAUGAAGAUGAGUGAGUCAUAUCUGAUUGUUCCAUUAUGACUGAUGCUUGGACUAAUCGUAAAAGAAGGAGUAUUAUGAAUUUGUGUGUUCAUCGUAGAGAAGGGAUCCCUUUCAUUUCCUCAAGGGAGGAUUCCGAUGCAUCCCAUACGGGAACCUACAUAUUUGACUAUGUCGACAAAUGCAUUGAAGAUGUAGGACCAGAAAAGGUGGUGCAAGUUGUGACGGGUAACGCUUCUAAUAACAUGGCAGCUGCAAGUUUGAUGGAAAAGAAGAGACCUUCUUGUGCCGCAUAUACGGUGAAUCUUAUGCUUGAGGCAAUUGAUAAACUUCCAAGGUUCAAGAAUGCAAUUGAUAAGACAAGGGCUUUAACCAUAUUCAUAUAUGCACAUCACCCAACCCUAAGCAUGAUGAGAAAGAUGACAAAGAAGUGUGACAUAGUACGGCUGGGUGUUACACGCUUUGCUACUAAUUACCUUUGUUGCAAAGCUUGGUGGAGAAGAAGAAGCAACUAAAACUUAUGUUUGCUUCAGAAGAAUGGGCCCACAUUCUAAGAGUGCGAAGGGAAAAGUAGCAUAUGCGACAGUUGUUAGCAUCUCGUUUUGGAAGUCUGUGAACUCUUGCUUGCUUGUUUUUCGUCCAUUGGUGAAAGUACUUCGGCUGGUUGAUAGUGACAGACCAUCUACGCAAUGGUUGUAUGGAGAACUUCAAGUGGCGAUAAGAGAGAUCAAGGAAGACGUAUGUAGUGGACUUGAAAAGAAUUAUAAACCGAUAAUUGACAUAAUUGAGAGUAAAUCCAAAUGAAGACUUGAUUCCUCUUUGCACUUGGUGGGUUACUUGCUUAAUCCGUACUACUUUGCAAAGAAUAGGGUAAAUAUAGGAGAUAAUGCAACUAUAAUGGAAGCAUUUCUCGAUUGCUCUGAGCUAACCUGAACUCAACUAACCUCUCUCUCACUACCCCUAGGCUUCGAUACCAGUGGUGUAUCUAAGGUCGAGAUAAUAUUUCUAGUUGGUAUGAAAUAUCCUGUCAAGAUUGGUUUAAUCAAUCAAUUAAAUUUUCUAACCAAUCAGCUCUUUGGCACAGA